AUGAAACUGCGAAAACAGUCGGACGGAGAAGAGACUACAUCCAACCCACCCGUCGGCACUGCCGAUGAGGUCGAGGUGUCCGCCGACACCACCGUCGGCAGCUCCAUGUCUGUCAUGGACGCGCUCAAGGGCGUGCUCAAGAUCGCUCUAAUUCACGACGGCCUUGCCCGUGGCCUGCGUGAGGCUUCCAAGGCCCUCGACCGCCGCCAGGCUCACAUGUGUGUGCUCAAUGAGAGUUGCGAGGAAGACGCGUACAAGAAGCUUGUCAUUGCGCUUUGCUCGGAGCACAAGAUUCCUCUCAUCAAGGUCCCUGAUGGGAAGAUGUUGGGCGAAUGGGUUGGGCUUUGUGUCCUCGACCGUGAAGGCAACCCCCGCAAGGUUGUUAACUGCUCUUGCGUCGUCCUCCGCGACUGGGGUGAAGAGUCCCAGGAGCGAUCCGUCCUCCUCAACUACUUCCAGACCGGGCAAUAG